CCAUAACUGAUUAUAAAAAUCGUUAUUGUGUCAUUGAUACUUUUACCAAAGUAGACGAUCUAAAUUCUUCUUUCCACAGCGUCUACGUCCUCCCUCUGGAUCAGAGAGAAUGAGAGAAUGAAAGGGGGAGUGACGGAGAGAAGGUAGAAGCAGUCCCAGACGUAAACAGGCGGUAAACCGGUGCGGAGAUGGCGGCGUGGCUGUCCCGGCUGUCUCCGGGCGACGCCUGGUACCACAUGUCCUCCCGCCUGCUGCGGACCAAACCUGUGGGCUCGAUGGCGACCGGCGCCGACGACCUCAGCGAGCUCGGGGAGGGGUCGGCGGCGGCCGGGCUCGCCAAGGUCCUGACCACCGUGGACCUGGUGUCGCUCGGGGUGGGCAGCUGCGUCGGCACGGGGAUGUACGUGGUCGCCGGGCUGGUUGCCAAGGCGAUGGCCGGGCCGGGCGUCAUCCUGUCCUUCAUCAUCGCAGCGGUGGCGUCCAUACUGUCAGGUGUGUGCUACGCAGAGUUCGGCGUCCGCGUCCCGAAGACGACCGGCUCGGCCUACACCUACAGCUACGUGACGGUCGGGGAGUUUGUGGCGUUUUUCAUCGGCUGGAACCUGAUCCUGGAGUAUCUGAUCGGCACGGCCGCCGGGGCGUCGGCUCUCAGCAGCAUGUUCGACUCCCUGGCCAAUCACAGCAUCAGCAACUACAUGAUAACACACCUGGGCACGCUCAGAGGACUCGGUAAAGGUGAGGACACGUACCCAGACCUGCUGGCCCUCUUCAUCGCCCUGCUGGUCACCGUCAUCGUCGCUCUCGGCGUGCGCAACUCCGUGGUCUUCAACAACGUCCUGAACGUGGUCAACCUGGUGGUCUGGGUCUUCAUGGUCAUCGCCGGGCUCUUCUUCCUGUCCGCCAGCAACUGGGAGGGGGGGAACUUCCUGCCCUACGGAUGGUCCGGGUGUCUCAUGUAA